AUGGCAAACCUGUCGGAAAAGGACCUCGUCUUCUCGGAGCAGGCUAAUCACAACUUCUCGCGCAUCCUCGGGGCCCUCAAGCGCUCCAACCUGAGCAUCGAGAACCGGCUGCGGUCCAUCCGCGACGACGCCGACUUUGUGGCCUCGGUUCAUGCCGCCUACGCUACGGGGCCCGAGACCAGGCGGCCUCUGGUCGCCAACGAGCGGUGCGGUUCCUGGUACGUCCCGCCCGGAUCCAAGGGUGGUUCGGCCUACUUCAAGAGCACCGACGGACACCAGGGUCAGUGGAAGUUCAGCACGAGGCGGCUGAACCUGCACCUGCUGCCUUUGAUCAGCGAGCAUGAUGGAUGCAUCAUCGUCGACUCGACCCGGAGGGGCAAGAGGAUCCCCGACGCCCUCAGCAAGACCAUCCCGAUAUGGUGCUGCGUCCUGAACCGGGUGCUGUUCCCAGACCUCGCACCGCACGCCCACGACAUCUUCGUCCCUCCCUACGCGGUCUCGGAUUCAGAACGCGCCCAGAUGCUGGCGAGGAUCCCAGAGCACGUGGACUCGUUCCGACGGCUGGACCUGGACCUCGACUCGCUCCGGAGCCAGGUGCGCAAGCCGCUGCGGCCCAUGUGGGUGAUCCAGCCCGAGUCCGGCGCCGCCACCGCUGGACUACCGGGAUUCGACGACGACGAAGACAAUAGGCAACAAGCGGCGCCAGCAGCCGUCAUCUUUGAGGACUUCCACCCCGUCAUCUGCUGCACGAGCUCGCGGCGCGUCGUCGGCACCGAGAUGAGCGAGUCGGGCUACAUCCAGGGCGCCGGCGACGACACGGAGAACUGGGCCCACGGGCUCACCCCGCCCGUGUUCUGGGCCCACGCCGACCGUCUGCUGUCCACCCCCGAGGCGGACCUCCCGGACUUGAUCCGGUCGCUCGUGUCGGAGAGUACAGCAGCAGCCUCCGCGCAGGCCGGCAAAGCGGCCGUGCGGGACCUCACCAGCUUCCUCGCCGUCGCUGCGCUGCCGUUGCCCUCUGCUGUGACCGAGCAGGCCGGUGGUGUUACGUCGUCGAUCAUAGUCCAGCUCCCACCUGUCGUCACCAAGCCUGAGACGUGGCACAAGUCGCCGACGGUGAUGGAUGUCGGGAUUGGAAAGGGCAAGCUGGCGGGGCGGAACCUGCGACAGGCACUGCCCGCCAUCUGUUCCUUUGUACGGGACGCCGCGCUUAAGCAGCAGCAGCAGGAAACGCAGACGGGUGAGGGGAUAAAAGUCCUCGUAGCCUGCGAGACCGGCAAGGAUGUGUCGGUCGGUGUUGCCCUGGCGCUGGCAUGCCAUUGCUUUGACGAAGACGGGAACGUGCUUCCUGCAGAUCAGGCGCAGGUCGACAGACGACCGGUCACAAAGGAUUCCAUCAGAGUGAGGCUGGGUCGGAUAAUGACGGUGAUGCCAGAGGCGAAUCCAAGCCGGGCUACUCUGCAGAGUACACUCCGGGAACUCGCUCCAGUUCCGCAUGAUGAUGCAUGCGCCGGCGACAUCCUUGAGCGUCUUCUCCAUCUCGGGCUUGAGCGAAUCCUCAUAGGGGCCGACGUAUCCCACCGUCUUGAUGCCGGCGCGGCAGGCGCUCGUGGUGCCGCUCUUGGAGUCCUCGAUGGCGACGCACUCGCCGGCCGAGAAGCCGAGCUGCUUCAUGGCGUGCAAGUAGAUUGCCGGGUCUGGCUUGCUGGUGGGCGGGUCGAUGCUGGUGGCGGCGCUGUAGACGCGGUCGCCAAAGUACUUUUUGAAGUCGACCUUCUCCAGGCUGGCCUCGAGCCGGCGGCCGGCGCUGCUCGACACGACGGCCAUGGUGUACUUGCCCGAUUUUUGCAGCUCCUCGAGCUGCUCCGUGACGCCCUCGCAGGGGACGAGCGCCUCCUUGAGCUUGGCGAUGACAACCUCCUCCUCGCGCUUGACGUAGACCUCGAGCUCGUCGGCCGUCAGGUCCAUGCCGUGCUUCUUUUGCAGCGUCAGCAGCAUGCCGCGGAAGUUUUGGCCGACAAACUCCUUGAUCAGCGUCUCGCCCGUGAACGGGGGGAUGUUGAGACCCUUGACCUCGCAGAUCUGGUUGAUCAGACUAGCGCAGCCCUCAAAGGCGAGCUCUUCCGACAGCACCAGCGUGUUGUCGCAGUCGAAGAGGAGAGCCUUGAUCGCCAUUUUGACUACCUUUUUGGAGAUAGUAUUGGGAACCGUGGGGUUGUGGUGGGUUGUCGUUGCUGGUGCAGGAUCGUCUGA